AUGUAUGGAGAACGGAGGAAAGUCGUCCGUGGUCCAGUUGAGCUUGGCGACGACAUACAGAAUAUCGGAGGCUUGCUAGCUGCACCACAAGCAUCCGGUGGGCAACAAGUGUCAUGCAACUCCAAUUUCCCCGAUUCCCUCUUUCAGCCUAUUGAGGAGAGCAUAUCUGCGGAACCCAUACUUCUAUCGGACAUGCUUCUGUUGGAUUUUUCUCCCAGGGCAGAAGAGCACACCCCUUGGAGCACUGGCACAACCAUCUCAGAGUCAAAUGCUCUUACCAGUGAACGAGAACAUACUGCUUCAGCGACUAGCACAAUCCUAUCGCGGCUAAGUUCUCCUCCAUGGGCGCAACCACACCCUGCUCACCUCGCUCACAGCAAUUCCACCCCCUCCGGACUAUCCUUGCCCUCUCCCUACACAAACCACCUCACCGUCCAGAAACUUAGCUUCUACGCCGCCCGCAUCCAGAACGCUCUCUACCUCGGCCUCCCUGUCUUCCUCGCCCAGAAAGAAGACGACAUCUCGCCCUGGUACUGGCACACACAGUUCUCCAUCCUCGUAUCGCAAGAGCCCUUCACGGACCCUUCAUCCUUCACUCCACUCGCCACUUCUUCUUACGAUUUCGCCGUCCAGCGUCCCGUCCGCCGCAAACCCUGCUUCAUAAUGUCCUCAACCAUCAUAACAGACCUAUCACCGACGCCCCUGCAGCGAUCGCAUGCUCACGGAAUGUAUCUGGAUGUAGUACCUUUUCCCAUUUUCCGCGAUAGGGCCAUCAUGCUUCUGACAACGGAUCCGCCAGCUUUCGAUGAGAAGGAGUUGAAGAGCGAUAUGGAGAAUGAAGGGCUGAUGGUAUGGGGCGUUGGGCAUGGUUCAACUGGUCGUGCUGCGUCGCUUGUGAGGGACAAGCGCAAUUGGGAAUGCUCGAGGUGGUUUUAUAAGAAGUGGAAACUUUUGGUUGAUGGCUCUGGGCUUGAGGAGCAGAGUCGGUGGUGGAGGAUGAUGAGGGGUGAGGAAGACAGUGAUGAUGAAUAA